GUAGAGAGAGUAACGUUUUUUACAGUAUUUCAGUGUGUAAGUUAGUAGGUAUAUUGAAAUAAAUUAUAACAUCAGCCAGUUGUGCUUCUAAACUAAAAUACUGAAGAAGUAAGGCCAAGAAAUGCCCAAGAAAAAAACAGGUCAACGCAAAAAAGCUGAAAAACAAAAACAGCGUCAAAAAGAGAUUCGCAAUGCCCGAGAACACGUCGACUUAGCUCAACAUCCAUGUAACCUGCCGAUGGAAUGCGAUAAAUGCCAAAAGAAACAGAAAAGCCGGGCAUUCUGUUACUUCUGCUCGGCAGUCCAGCGGCUGCCGACGUGCGCCCAAUGCGGCAAGAUGAAGUGUAUGUUGAAGUCAGGUGACUGCGUGGUGAGGCACCCGGGCGUGUUCACCACUGGCCUUGGUAUGGUGGGUGCAAUCUGUGACUUCUGUGAAGCAUGGGUCUGUCACGGCCGCAAAUGCCUCACAACCCAUGCCUGCUCCUGUCCCUUGGCUGAUGCAGUAUGCCUUGAGUGUGAGCGAGGAGUGUGGGAGCACGGAGGGCGUGUGUUCCGCUGCUGCUUCUGUCAAGGCUUUCUCUGCGAGGAUGAUCAGUUCGAGCACCAGGCUUCCUGCCAAGUGCUGGAAUCUGAGACCUACAAAUGCCAGUCGUGCAACCGCCUGGGACAGUACUCGUGCCUGCGCUGCAAGACGUGCUUCUGCGAGGAGCACGUGCGGCGCAAGGGCGCGCGGCCGGCGCGCGGGCCCGUGCCCUGCCCGCGCUGCGCCUACGCGCUGCACCUCACCGCCGACCUCAGCAUGUCCACACGUUCGCACCGCUACGGACGGCAAGGCACGGCGGCCGCCGACUGCGACGACGACGCGGACUACGGCCAGUCCGGUUACGAAGGCGAUACCGGGGUGGAAGGUGGAGACUACUCAUACUCGGAGUCGGAUGACGACGAUGAUGACGAUGAUGAGGGUUCCGAAGAAACCUCAACUGGUGAAGAAGAGGAAGAAGACUCCACGCCUUCAGCCAGCAAAACUACCUAGACUGCUGGAGCCUCCCACGCCAAUAAUAUAGUUUAUAAAAAUAUGUGGUUGAAUUGUAAUAAAGUAUGUGAAAUGUAUAAAUAUAUAUAUGGUUUCUUAAAUAAUUACAUAAAUUUAUUUAUAUGUUGAUUCUGUUACCUUGGUGCUUAUCGUCAUUUUUUACAUUUAUUGAAUGAAUGAAAAUUAUAAAUAGCUCUGAAAUGUUUUUAAUGUAUUAAUUUAAAAAAAAAAAAACAUUCAUACAAUAUAAAAAUUUGUAAUAUAAUUUAGUGAUAACAAUAUUUAGGAAGAUAUUCUUGGUGAAUCAUUUAAUCGUUGUAAAUAUUUUAUUUAUAAAUUUUGACAGUGAUAUUACAAUGAAAACAUUUGAUUUCAUAUCGAUAAAACAUUCAACUUUGUGACAUUAGAAAAAUGUAAACAAGGAUUAAUAUGUAUAUUUUUCUUCAAAUGAAAUCUUAAAACUUCGGUUAUUACACAUUUAAAUUUCUUUGUAUUUUUCAUUGUCUUAAAAGUAGAAUUAAUUUGAAACAAUACAUAAUAUUUAAAUUAUAAAGCUCAGAGAUGAAUAGGACUUAGAGACCCAUGUUUUUGAUAAAACAACGACCAUUAUCAUUUAACAAUAAAUUAUGUAUGUAUAAGCGAUUCGCCCCGACUAAGCACGGGUGCAAUGGUGACACUUAAUAUAAAAUAAAAUAUAUAUAAUAUAUGCGCAAAAAA